AUGGCUGUUGAUUUGAGCGAUUGGAGUGAGGUUAUUGUCCGUUUCACCACUUGCGCCAUUAUCACUCCAAGAGAUCAAGUGUUUCUUAUUCACGUGCAGCAACAACCAGUUAGCCCUACAGAUUUUAAUCAUGGAAUAAUAAUGGACCGGGGAAAUAUCAUUGGAGCUCAGUCGUCGUCGUCGUCCACUAGUAGUAGUACUACUACUGAUCCUCCAACCAAACAACAAGAAGAUGCAGAAGAAGAAAAACAUUGGGACGACGUGACGAAGAGGAAGAUGAAUGAAUUGGCGAAAUAUUUAAUUGAGGCGAAAAUAGAGUUUGUGAUGCACGUGGUUAAAGAUAGUGAGGUGAAGGAGAGAUUAGCUUGGGAGAUUAAUAGAUUGGGGAUCAAUUUCGUUGUGUUGGGAUUUCAGGGGCAUAGCUCCAUGUUUAGCACACAAAUUUCCAUGUGUAGAAUGGGGAGUGUUGCGCUUUUCUGCUCUCGCCAUUGUCCUUCUUACGGCUGCCAGAUCGUUCUCGCCAGACAUCCUCCUCACCCUCAAGGAACAAUAACAUUAUUUUGA